GUGUGCAGCGUUGGCUUUAUUUGAUGGCCUCGUUGGGUCAGCAGCUUUCCAGUCCGGGGGAACCACACCUCCCCCCCGGCUUUCGUGGUCAGCGUGAGCCCCCCCUUCAUCCGCGAAUACGUGUGGCCCUCCUCCGCCAACGAAGACAGCGAGAGGAGGUUGUGGGGGGCCUCGGGUACAUGGGCAGCAUUUAGUACUGGUACGGGUACUCCACCAUCUUCCGUCUGUAGGACUACGGUCACAUCUCCGUAUCAUAGAAGAGGAACGGGGACCUUCUCGCCUCCGAUCCCCUUCACCCAACCGCAACGCUCACCGUAGUUCACGAAGUUGUCUGCACAUCGGAAUAUGGAGCACGUGGCCGCUGUGUCGGCCACGUACACCGCCUGGCCUUGUUCCACAACCCCCACUAGACCUACUUCACCAAAGUUACCACACUUGCCUGGGGGGACUGCCACAGCACAAAACGCCUGGUCUUCCACGGAGUCCACGUCGCUCUCAUGCUCCACCACUUGCGCUAGGACGGCCUCCUCCAUCGCGCACUUUUCUUUGGUGUGGCCCCACCCCUCGCAGCGCGCACACCACGGCACGAAGUCCUUCUCGUUGGUAGUGCAGCCGAUCGCUUGAUGUGCACGAUGUCCACACCUGAAGCACCGGCGCGGGAACUUAAAGUCCCCGCCACUGCCGCCAUCGGCGCCUCCACUGCUGCUUCCCUUGCUCUCCUCGACUCCUCCGGAUCCGCCUGAGCGGCCGCCGCGACCGCCGCCGCCGCGGCCACGACUGCU